UUCGGUGCCGCAGCCGAGGGGGCGGCCCGGCGGGGUUUGGCCGCGGCGCACUCGCCCGUCCGCAGCGCGGCUGAGCGAGGGCGGCGGCGGCUGAAACGGGCCGGGCCGGGCGGCGUCCUGGCAACCGCUGGUGUCGCGAUGUGGCGGGCUCGGGCGGCGGCGGCGGCGGCGGCGGCCUGCGUUGUUUGCCGAAACAUCAGUGGCACCCAUGGAGCAAGAGGGAAAUCGCCGCUGCAGAAGCUGUGUCUUGUUUCCCGAAGUAUUCACCAUUCCCACUACCCAGUUGCUAAGUUUCAAAGGCUUUCGUCACGGACAUCAAUUCAGCAGUUCUCCACGUUCAGACGUCUUCCCACCCACAAGUCCAAACUCCACGUAAAGUGUGGAUUCCAGCCUCACAGGAACUUUUGGCUAGCUAGAGUGGCUUCCAGACUUCUAAAACUUCGGUACAUCAUCUUGGGAUCUGCUGUAGGCGGUGGCUAUGCAGCCAAACAGACAGUCGAUCAGUGGAGGGACCUGAUUCCUGAUCUCAGCGAGUACAAGUGGAUUGUGCCUGACUUCAUAUGGGAGCUUGACGAAUACCUUGAUCUUGACAAACUUAGCAAGGCUCUUCCUGACUCUGAAGACCUCAUGAAGCUGCUGCCUGACUUUGACAAGAUCGGAGAGAGCUUCGGGUCCCUGAAGGGUUUCUUCACGCCUGGUUACAAUUUGGUUAGUGAAGUCAUAGGAGCUUCUGAUCUACUUCUGUUGUUAGGUCCUUCAGGGGAGGCGGCGUUCAGAGCGACAGACCAGGGGAGCGAGAGUGAGAAGCAGUACAAGAAGGGUCUACUUGGAGAACUCGUUUACUUGCAGCAGCAAAUCCAGCAGCACGAAGAGGAAGUGCGCAGCACCAGUGCUGGCCCAGGCUCCUCCCAGCAGAGGCGAAAGGUUUCUGACAAAGAGAAGGUCGAUCAGCUCCAAGAAGAACUUCUGCGUACCCAGCUGAAAUACCAACGGAUGCUCGAGCGUCUGGAGAAGGAGAAUAAAGAGCUGAGGAAGAUUGUUCUUCAGAAAGACGACAAAGGAAUCCAUCAAAGGAAGUUGAAGAAAUCUUUGAUUGACAUGUAUUCUGAAGUCCUGGACAUCCUGUCUGAUUAUGAUGCCAGCUACAACACCCAGGAUCACCUGCCUCGGGUCGUGGUGGUUGGAGAUCAAAGUGCUGGGAAGACCAGCGUCCUGGAGAUGAUCGCCCAAGCCCGGAUCUUCCCUCGUGGCUCUGGAGAAAUGAUGACUCGCUCACCAGUCAUGGUCACCCUCAGUGAAGGUCCUCAUCAUGUGGCCAUAUUCAAGGACAGCUCUCGAGAGUUUGAUCUGACCAAGGAUGAAGACCUGGCCGCACUGAGGAACGAGAUUGAGGUCCGGAUGAGGAAGAGCGUGAGAGACGGCAGCACAGUCAGCGCCCAGACCAUCUCCCUCAGCGUGAAGGGGCCGGGCCUGCAAAGGAUGGUGCUGGUGGAUCUGCCGGGUGUCAUCAGCACGGUGACAUCAGGGAUGGCUCCCGACACCAAAGAGACCAUCUUCAGCAUCAGCAAGGCCUACAUGCAGAACCCCAACGCCAUCAUCCUUUGCAUUCAAGAUGGGUCUGUGGAUGCGGAACGCAGCAUCGUCACUGACUUGGUCAGCCAAAUGGAUCCACAGGGGAAGAGGACAAUUUUUGUCUUGACGAAAGUGGACCUGGCCGAGAAAAACGUGGCCAGUCCAAACAGGAUCCAGCAAAUCAUCGAAGGCAAGCUGUUUCCCAUGAAGGCUCUUGGGUAUUUUGCAGUGGUGACCGGAAAAGGAAACAGCAGUGAGAGCAUUGAAUCUAUUCGAGAGUAUGAAGAGGAAUUCUUCCAGAGCUCCAAACUGCUAAAGAAGUGUAUGCUGAAGGCCCACCAAGUGACCACGCGCAACCUCAGCCUGGCCGUGUCCGACUGCUUCUGGAAAAUGGUGCGGGAGUCCGUGGAGCAGCAAGCGGAUGCCUUUAAAGCAACCCGUUUUAAUUUGGAGACAGAAUGGAAGAAUAAUUACCCCCCGGCCAUGCGUGAGCUUUCGACCGGAGAUGAGCUGUUUGAAAAAGCGAAGAAUGAAAUUCUCGAUGAAGUCAUAAGCUUGAGCCAGGUGACGCCAAAGCACUGGGAAGAGAUGCUUCAGAAGACCUUGUGGGAGAGGGUCUCAACACACGUGAUAGAGAACAUCUAUCUUCCGGCAGCACAGACCACCAAUUCGGGGACUUUUAACACCACAGUGGACAUCAAGCUGAAGCAGUGGACGGACAAGCAGCUGCCAAACAAGGCAGUGGAGGUGGCCUGGGAGACGCUGCAGGAGGAGUUCGCUCGCUUCAUGACCGACCAGAAGGGCAAGGAGCACGACGACAUUUUUGACAAACUGAAGCAGGCCGUGAAGGAGGAGAGCAUCAAGCGGCACAAGUGGAACGAGAGAGCGGAAGACAGCCUGAGGGUGAUCCAGCACAAUGCCUUAGAAGACCGCUCCAUAUCCGACAAGCUGCAGUGGGACGCGGCCAUUCAGUUCAUGGAGGAGACGCUUCAGAGCCGCCUGAAGGACACGGAGUCUGUUAUUGAAGACAUGGUGGGCCCAGGCUGGAAGACAAGGUGGCUCUACUGGAUAAGCCGCACUAAAGAGCAGGUCAUUCGUAAUGAAACAAAAAACGAACUGGAGAAGAUGAUGAAGUGCAACGAAGAGCAUCCGGCUUACCUGGCAAACGAUGAGGUCACAACUGUCCGGAAGAAUCUUGAGGCGCGAGGCGGGUCGAUGGAUCCGUGCUUGAUCAAAGACACCUGGCACCAGGUCUACAGGCGGCACUUCCUGAAGGGUGCCCUGAGCCACUGCAAUCUGUGCCGCAGGGGCUUCCACUACUACCAGAGACAUUUUGUGGACUCAGAGCUUGAAUGCAACGAUGUGGUCCUAUUCUGGCGCAUCCAGCGCAUGCUGGCCAUCACUGGCAACACCCUGCGGCAGCAACUGACCAACACUGAAGGUGAGCCGCCUGGCCACACACUGAGCACAGAGGGGGUGCUGCUGCUCACUAGGACACAGAGCUGCACCCCUGUUUGCUCUGCUUGUGGGCUUGGGGCACCUCUGCUGACACUUCCUGUCAUGGAGAGAAAGGCAUUCAUUCCUAGCGGUUCCUUCCGGGGCCUCUCCUGUGUGUACUUCGGGUGGCUGCAGAAGCGUCUGCCCCACGUGAAGGCUGUCACAAGGGCAGGAGGCCUCCCCGGGGUGACAGAGCCGUGUGCCCACCUGCCUGAAAAUGGAGCCGAGCGCAGAGGAGGAGGCGGCAGCAGCGCCCGCUUUGUGUUCGGGGCUGGGUCCUUGUCUCGGGAGGAAGGCGAUCUCCCCAGGAGAGCCUCCAUCAGUUGGCUGGCAAACCUGAGGACUUCUCACAGGGUGUCAGCAACUGGGUCUCACCCAUCCAGGGUACCGUCAGUCGUGGGCCAGUUGAUUCCUGGGCUUGCGGGGAAUCCACCAGGGGCCGGGAUGGGGAGGGAAGAAAUCCCCCUCUUCCAUCCAUGCAGCCGUGGCCACAGAACAGGUGGGGAAGGGGCUCUUUCUCCCCCUUUGCCCCCACAAUGUAGCCCCAUCGUGGCUAUUAGUUCAGGCAGGUCGUGUGACCCUGGGGGCCAGGACUUCCGAAUGUCUGGUGGAAGAGAGUUCCCCAGGAUAGCUGAAUCCAACCCAACAUCUUGCAAGAAGGACUUAUUCCUGUUAGAGCAGCAGUGUGUGGACACCAGGAAAACCGCAGUGCCAGGCCAGAAGCCCAUCUUCUGGGGUCCCCCUGUGCUCAGCCCCUCUGGCAGCAGGCUGGCUAUCAAAGGGAAGGUUGUUUGUGCAGAACCAUCCGGAGGAACUCUGCGGGCAGAGAGGUCAGAAGAGGAGAAAAGGGAAGGCCUUGGGGGCCUUGAGGCGUGUGAGGGGGAUGCUCUGGGGAGGAGAUGUGGGGUUUUGGAACAGCAGGAAGGAACAGCAGCGAUUUUGGAACAGCAGGAAGAUUCAGAAGGCAGGCAGGGAUUCUGCUUCCAAGGCUGCGGUGGCUGCCCGGGGGCUAGCUCCCAGGGUCCUGCUUUCACCCGGCCUCCCGAGUGCUCGCCGAUGAAGCUCAGCCUGGCCUGUGCCAAGCAUCCCUUCCCAAGGAGGAGCUCCCUCCCGCUGCCAUUUCUGAGCUCUGCCCAGGUGAGAAUUCGCCUCUUCCGUCCACGGGCAGAGCCCCCCUGCAGAGAGGAGCAGUGCCAGCUUCCACCUUCUGCCAGCCCCUUCCCCUGGACGACUGCUUCCCCGGGGCCUGUCCAUGCAGGCCGGCCUCCGGGGCUGACGGGGGGCCGGCAGCUGCAGACAGGAAGCCUUGAGCCCAUCCCUGACCAGAGGCGUCUGCAUGCUCUGCCCCCUCCCCUUUUUGCCUUUGCUUCUUUCUCGCUUGUGUUCCAUCUCCUUGAUGUCCGCAGUGGUCAGCGAGGCCAGUGGGACAAAAAGCCGGGGCCGGUGGAGCCACAGUGUGGGUUGGGGGAGGGCGUUGGCUCCCCGUGUCGAGCGCCCAGGCACACCUGCAGGCAGCCCCAGGAGGGCCAGUGCUGUGGGUCUAACGGCCGGCUCCUCCACUCUCUAGAAAAAGUUCGGGAGAUCCAGGAAAAACUUGAAGUCUUCAUUGAAGCCCUCCACCAAGAAGAGAAAUAG